AUGGAAUCCUCUCCAGUGCAUUCCACUCCUUCCAUUGAAGAAGACGAGUGGGACACUGAUGGAUAUGUGAUUCCAAGCUUGGGCAUUGGAGAUCAAGACCUCAAUCAAACUGACUCUCCAAAAGUAGAAGAUUCUAAACCGUCCACAGUUCAGGUUAGCAAAGAAGAGAAGAUAUAUCUCGGACCUCACGGAGCCCCACCAUCACAAUCGAAGCUCCAAGAGCUGAAUUCUUCUAACCGCAAGCAGAGGUUCAAACAGAAACUCAAGGAAGGUGAUAGGCAAUACAUUGGAACUGGGCGGGAAAAUAAGGUUGAUAACUUGAGAGAGCUUGUGGGUGGUGAAAAAAUGUCCUUCUACACUUCAAAGAGUUCUCCUAGAGAUUGGCUCGACCCGCAUUGUCACGAGUCGCAGUUUGAGAGGAGGCGCCUUCAGUAG